UGGAGAACAGAAGAGACCCCAGUACAAACAACACACACCAUGUUCUCUACAUUUCUACUGCUCCUGCUGGCAGCUGCUUCCAAUGUGCAUUGUGUUGAACUGACUCAGCCUGCUUCCAUGACAGUCCAGCCAGGCCAGAGUCUCUCCAUCAACUGCAAGGUUUCAUAUUCAGUUACCAGCUAUAGUACAGCUUGGAUCCGACAACCUGCAGGAAAAGCUCUGGAGUGGAUCAAUUUAAUUUACUAUGAUGGGGAUAUUCGUCAGAAAGAUUCACUUAAAAACAAGUUUGUCAUCUCUCGAGACACAUCCAGUAACACCGUGACCUUACAGGGACAGAACAUGCAGACUGAAGACACAGCUGUGUAUUACUGUGCUCGUUACCCACAGUGAGACAGAUCAACAACAUCUCUGUACAAAAACACCUCAUACAAAGUCCUAUUAGAACUUAUGAAUGAAAAAAAUGUGAACAUUA